AAAGUGCAAGCUUCUCAAGCUGAAUCAAACAUUCAACGGAGUGUUGAUGCUGAAACCAUCUAUUCCGGUGGCUCGAGCCUUUCUGGAACAGUGAAGGGAGAUUACAUCUCUGAACUUGUCGGAGAGUUGUACAAAGUGGUUGAACCGUUACAAGCCGAUGCCAAAACCCUUGAACGCCUUGUGUCUGCACUUCCUGAGCUUUUGAAGAGCUUUGCGCUGAGCCUGGGCGGGCCUUCUUCAACACAGAAACAUCGAGACGUGAUGGUCUUUAUUCACAAGCACAGAUAUGAAAUUACUACAGAAGCCAUGGAUCAGUUAUGUGAAAAGACCGACCAAGACGAAGAGGCAAUGAUCUCUCGAUAUAAGGGGAAAUUACCCUUAAAUGAUAUCAUGUCCCUCUGGUAUGAAAAAGGGUAUCAGGAGGAGCAGGAACCCAACUCCGAGCACUGGGAAGAAGGGCUUUCUGCUUUACCGGAUAUACCCAAUCCAGCGGAUGACCCUGAAGCAGUCGAAAUGCCCCCAUGAUGUCCGUCUUGGGGAUAUCGUCGUGAGCACACCUACCCGGGACAAGUCCGGGGUUCUUCCCUAUGAUAUGGUGAAGACCCUGCAGUCUGGAGUCUUUCAGUUGAAUGGAUGUCUAUCUCCUCCUCCUCGAGAAUUGACAUCUGCCAUCAGCGAAUUACGAUCCGACCCGAAAUUCUCUCCAGCCCUUAUCCAAAAAUACCUGCAUGAGAUUGCAACCUAUCCUGGACAAGAAAGGGAUAUUCUCUUUGUAGCUGAUUAUGUUCAUAAUGACCAUGGUCCUUGCGACACCUCAUUUAGAGUGCAAAGGAACCCCCGACCCUCCAAUGAUCCUGUGAUUCAUUAUGGCUUGAUAGCAUCUGGCAACCAGCUCAUGCGAUGCGCGAGAACCAGAGACCGACUAAGCGCAACGGACGAGGUGCUCUGCUUUGAAAUGGAGGCUGCAGGAGUCAUGAAUACAUUCCAAUGUCUGGUCAUUCGGGGGAUCUGCGACUACGCUGAUUCGCAUAAGAAUAAGACCUGGCAGAAAUACGCGGCCGCGUCGGCGGCUGCCUUUGCAAAGGUUCUCCUCUUGCGGCUGCCGAAAUGCGGCAAUGAAGUGAUUUCCCUGGGUAAAAGAAGAUUGGGAGCAAUUCCUAGAGAAGACAGUCCAUGGAAGAGACAUCAACUGGAUAGAAGGGCUUGAUGAAAUCUUCCAUGCUUAAUGGAAACUAUUAGAGCCAGUGAUGUAAUGCUGAAAAAGCACAUGGAUCUUGACCUCAUCCUUGAUGACUCCAAGCCUAGCUUCGCCGAGGAGGGAGUUCAGGAAGGGACUGCCCGUUAUCCAUGAAUGGGCCAGGCAGGUGAAAUCGAACCCGUCAGCUCAACAGAGAGUGGAAGAUAUCUCAGAUGAAAGUACCGAAUACCUAUUUUAGCAUGAAAAUAUCGCUAUAUAAAUAGGUGAGUAGUGCUAUUUCUCUGUGUGAAACGCAAGGAUCGAAUUUUCAGUGCUCUCUAAUC